CGGCUAUGUAUAUAGAACCAUGAGCACACAUCUAAGCAUCCACACAAGAAAUGCAGUUCUUUACCAAACAAAACUUGAGCACAAAUUUGUCAAUGGAUUCUUCCGUAUCCGAGAUGCUUCAAUUGCCAUCCUUUUUUGUCGUCUUAGCUUCUUUUUUCUUCUUAUUGAUGCUUUUCAAAUACUGGAACAAAUCUCAAGCCAAAGGCCUGAGCAAGUUGCCGCCUGGGCCAAAGCAGCUGCCUAUUAUAGGGAACGUGCACCAGUUGAUUGGUGCCCUACCACAUCAUGCUGUCACCGACUUGUGCAACAAACAUGGUCCUGUCAUGAAACUGCAACUGGGGGAAAUUUUUGCCGUGAUCAUUUCAUCACCGGAAGCAGCCAAAGAGGUCUUGAAGACGAGCGAGAUCAGCUUUGCGCAAAGGCCAGAAGUGUAUGCAGUUGAAAUAAUGGCAUACGAUCAUUCAAGCAUCGUGUUUGCUCCUUACAAUGAGUACUGGAGACAACUGCGAAAGAUAUCUGUGAUGGAGCUCUUAAGCGCUAACCGUGUCCGAUCGUUCAGAUCGAUAAGGGAACAGGAGGUGUGGAAUCUUGUCGAGUUCAUCGCCUCCUCCGAGGGACAUACCAUAAAUUUGAGUGACAAGAUAUACACCAUGACAAAUGAUGUGGUUUCUAGGGCAGCUUUUGGUAAUAAGUGCAAAUACCAACAUGAGUUUACAUUAUUGCUUGGGGAAAUUAUACUUCUUGCUGGAGGCUUUAACAUCGCUGACUUGUACCCUUCUCUUACAUUUCUUCGUUCCAUGAGUGGGAUGCAGCCUGCAUUGAUGAAAAUUCAGAAAAAAAUUGACGAGAUUCUUCAAGAUAUUGUGAGGGAGCAUAACAUGAAAAGAGAAGCUAGUAGAAAAAGCUUUGGUAGGCUUGGUGAAGAUGAGGAAGAUCUGCUUGACACGCUUCUGAAUUAUGAGGAGGCCAAUAAGCAUGAGUUUCAUCUCACAACCGAUCAAAUCAAAGCCGUCACUAUGGAUAUUUUUUCAGCAGGAAGUGAGACUUCAGCAACCACAAUGGAAUGGGCAAUGUCAGAGCUUCUGAAAAACCCUAGAGUAAUGGAGAAGGCGCAAUUGGAGGUGCGACAAGUAUUCGAAGGAAAAAACAAAAUCGAAGAGGAAGAUGUUCAAAAGUUACAUUACUUGAAAUUAGUCAUGAAGGAAACUUUUCGGUUCCACCCUCCGGGUCCUUUAAUCCCCAGAGAGGCAAGGGAAAGAUGUGAAAUUGGUGGAUAUACAAUACCAGCCAAGACCAAAAUCCUCAUCAAUGCCUAUGCAAUAGGGAGAGAUCCAAAACUUUGGGCCGAUCCUGAAAGCUUUCAACCAGAGCGCUUUCAAGGUUCUUCCAUUGACUUUAAAGGCAACAAUUUUGAAUUGCUUCCAUUUGGUGCAGGUAGGAGGAUUUGUCCAGGCAUCUCAUUUGCUACUUCAAACAUUGAGCUUGGACUUGCUCAACUAUUGUACCACUUUAACUGGAACCUUCCAAAUGGGACUAAACUAGAAGCCCUCGACAUGGCUGAGAAUUUUGGAAUGACGGCUAGAAGAAAGAACAAUUUGCAUUUGAUUGCCACUACUUAUAUUCCUUUCAACAAAUGAGACACUAUCUAAAAGAAUGAUGUAAUAAAUAGAAGAAUGAUGUAAUCUUAUUAUG